UGGACUCCCACCACCAGCACAAGCAGCAGCAGUACGCUUCCUCCUCUGCAGCCGCUUCCAUUCUGAUUGCUACCCAUGCGUCUGCCUCGCCGCCUGCUAGCCCGCCGAACCCUCCCAGCGUGAGGACCAGCUCCAGAGGCUUCCGACGUACUUCUUCUACUGCUGCUGGCUAUGCGGCGAGGGGAGGCCGCAGUGCCACUUCUUCACGCACGCCUCGCACGCCGUCGCCUCGAUCGCGCAGUGUCCAUAGGGAAAAGGGCAAACAGCCAUUGCGUCCGCGAUACAGCCCGGACUCGCCCCAGACAAUCACCGCUGCCGCCGCCGCUCGCAACGACGACCGCGACCGCGACUACGACCACGACGAGCUGCACCGCCAUUCGCACGGCCUGAGCUGGUACAGUACGACCCGGGAUUCCGUCGUGGACAACCUCCUGUCGUCCUUUGACACUUUCGACACCCUCACCUUCCCGCAGGCGGAUUUUGGCGCCAUGAACGAACACGAUGACCUCGAGCGCCAAAACUACCUCCUCGCUCUGAGCAGCACCUUUCCGGCGAACAUCGGCAGCCAGCGCAACAGAGGCCACACACACUCAUCCUCGGACUCGGAAUAUGCUCGUCAGCUGGAGUCGCCGGGCAAUCGAUCACUCCAAUCGGGCAAGGGUCGGCGCAGUAACAGCAACUCCAUCUCUGGCGGGAGACCCCAUCUCGCUUCGCGCCUCCAUCCCAAUGGCAACGGCAACGCGCGCCGCAGCGCAGACACGCAAAGGACGAUCAAUGACAAAAGCAGCGUGUUCGGCGCCAGGGGCAAUGGCGGGGGCAGUAAUAGCUACGGCAAUGGUGCAAUGUUGGAUACAUGGGCUGGCGAUCGGUCAAUGGAACAUUUACAGUCAGACUCGGACGAGCCUUCCGUGCUCACACGUGGACGACCUGUGCCUUCUGUACACAGCAGAUACGAGUCGAGAGAAAACUCCGACGCCGAUGCAGCACCCGAGCCUGUCAUUGCAGCAGGGCCGCGCAAACAGCAGAACCCGGGUGCGACAGGUCCGGUGUACGUCAAUGCUGCCAAUCCCAAGGCUCCCAAACCGAGCCAACUGCGCAAGACGACGACACAAGACAACUUGCGCCUCAAAGCUGCUCCACCGCCCAGCCCGAUACCACCAGAAGUCCGCACCCAAGCGGCCGACUUCAUCAGAACCGAGACGAUGCGCAGCGGCGUCACGGCUUCGUCUCCGCCAUCCGCGCCGAACAGUGUAGCUCCCAGUCCCGGUAUCAGCACCAGGAGAAAGGACCCUUCACCUCCGCGCGAGCGGCCCGGCUUUUUCAAGCGUGUUUUUGGUGGUGGCAGUUCACGCGUGGUCUCAACGCCCGUGGAACGACCAGUCUCGAAGCAAGUCGCUCAAAACACCAGGCCAGAUCCACCCGUGCAUUCUUUAUCGCAAACAUCGCCCUCCACCCCACAGCCCAAUGCAGACGUGCAUCAAACAUCCUCUGCCAACAUGCCUGCAGCCACGCAAACGCUGAACAAGAAGCCUUCAUCGUUCUUCCGCCGGCGCAAAAAGUCCGCGUCCGAACCGUUCCCAUUCGCGCCUCCACCACUCCCCAAGCCCGCCGAAUCUACCAUGAACCACGCCGCUCAGCCCACCUCGUCGAUGAGUAGUCUACGCCAAGUCAUGGAUCCUUACUUGGCUCAAGAGCCUCGUGAAACGAUGGGCACGUCCAAACUAAAGGACGACACAUCAGUGUCCCGGCCUGCCACUAGCGAUACCAAGACUGAAGAUUCCGAAGAUCCUGAUAUCUUCCAUUCGGGAUACACCUCUCCGCUUGAUGGUCCUCUUGGCGAUACACGCAACCCCAUUUCUAUUGAACAAGGAAGCCCAAGCUCCAAGCUGAAAAUAAAGAAGCGCAAGCCUGAGGCCCUGGUUACAACCAGCAGCCAGGGUCGUCAUCAAGACCGUGAUCCUAGCCGGGACACGCCACGGGCGACACUAUACGACCACAAUAAUGAGGCAGCUAUAGUAUCUCCAAUCACUGAUACCAUGCACCCUGAUAUCUCCCCAGAUUACGAUGAUUACAUGUCAGACAGGAGGCCCAGCACUGGCGAUCGCAUCAUCGGACCCAGAGAGAACGCCUCUGUGCAGCGCGGUUCUGACUUGAGAGAUUUCAGCGCAGGCACCAAUGUAAAUCUGAGUAUGGAGGAGGACUGGUAUAUCAGGCCUCAUGCAAACCCAGAAAGAAGGCCAUCCAGACAAUCAGAUCGCCUAGUGUUACGGCCGACGUCUUCCGAGGAACAACUUGGUCGCGAUAGCGAUCUGUCCACGAUUGAUGACUCAAUUGUCUCUCCCGUGUUCACUUCCGAUGGUUCCGUUCCCGGAUCCGCUACUACUGCCCCUCAGCUACCGCCUACCGAGCUUGAGGGCCCGGCGUUCUCGUCAAGCCUGUUGUUGCCGACUUUGGCACUGCAUAGUGAUACAAUAUCACACAAAUCUGAUGAUCACACCGUUACGCGGGCGCCAUCACCACUCAUGGAUGCUGGUGCGGAGUACAGAGAACGCGCACGCAAAAUCUACGAGGGCGACGAAGAAGACGUUUCGAAGAAUGAUGCUGCAUCAUGGCUUGGCGAGCGUAACACACUCAGUACCAAGACUCUGUCGGCAUAUAUGCAGCUCUUUGACUUCUCCGGGCUCAAUCCACUUGCAGCACUUCGGCUGUUGUGUUCCAAGCUGGUCCUCCGAGGUGAGACGCAACAAUUUGACCGCAUCAUCACUGCACUGUCUGCUCGAUGGUGUGAGUGCAACUCUAAUCAUGGCUUCAAAGCCCAGGAUGUCAUUCACACCAUCUUCUAUUCCGUCAUCCUUCUCAACACAGAUCUUCACCUGGCAGACAUUGAAGAGAGAAUGUCUCGAAGUGCGUAUGUCAAGAACACUCUGCCGACUAUUAGGCGUGUCGUUCAGGACGCCGCGCCGGAUGCGUUCACUGGUACAUUGAAGCCGACGCCUACCUCGCUGCGACCGACGAUGCCAUGGGUCAAUACCAGUUUGUCCGAAUUCUCCUCUACGUCGCCACUGUCUCCAGCCUCGCCGGCAGAGCGUGCCGAAUCAAGUCCAGUGCCGGAUGCAGGCCCGGCCCCCGUGACAAACGUCGUUACGAAGCGUCUGUCAGUCCGGCCUUCUGCCUUUCGCAACGACUCUGACAGUUUAAGUCCGGAGACUGCGGCUAAUGGAGUGUCGAACUCGCUGGUCAAUCAAUCGUGGACCGGGAACAUGCGUGGUUGGGAAAAUGAAGUCGAGAUGGUUCUCAAGACAUUCUACACAUCGAUUCAGAAAGAACCACUUCCAUUGCAUGGCGUGUCCACCCACGAUGUCAUGGGAAAUCGGAACCUUUCCGUUGUCGACCUCAGCAGCACGCUCAGGCGCUCAGGCUCCGUCGUAAGCAAGGCGCCGUCGGAUACCAUGUCUUCUAUGUCCUACAGAUCCAACUCGAAAGACUUCCGAUCGAACAUGAGAUGGCCCGGCCGGAACAGUCGCACGAGACAUAAACUGUAUCCACCCAGCACGUUAGGUUCGUCUCGCACGAGUUUCGACGACGGAAGCGGUUUCUGGUCUCCCGCGCAAAGCAGCAAGUACUCGUUCAACAAGACUUUGACGUCUGCGUCGGUGGGCAGCUUCUCGAAUCUGUCCGCCAUGACUGAUUUCAAGCACUCUAUUGGCUUUGCGAAUGCUUUGUCCUCGGCUAUCAUCCGCGAGGAGACCAGUGGGGGUGAUGCAGAAUCAUUCUCACAGGCGGGAGGCCUGCUCGAAGACGAAAGCCUUGCCCUCGCAGGGGCUCCGUGGGCAAAGGAAGGCCUUCUCAAGCACAAGCAUCAUCUGGACGCGCCGGAUCGCAAGUCGAAGGAGCGAAAUUGGAACGACUGCUUUGCGGUGAUCAGCAAAGGCAAGCUGACUUUAUUUGCAUUUGGCACGUCGCCCAAGUCACAAUCCGUGAGCAAGAAAACAACCUUUGGUCGAUCGGGUAAAGCGGCCAGUGUGACGGGCGCAAGGGUUGGUGGCGGAGAUUGGAUGGAGAAUGCAGAGCAGCUGGAUGUGUUCGUUCUGCGCCAGACCAUUGCAUCCACGCUGCCACCACCUGGCUAUAGCAAGGCACGGCCACACGUAUGGGCACUGAGUCUGCCUAACGGAGCAGUCCACCUUUUCCAGGUCGGCACGCCAGAAAUCGCCACGGAGUUCAUGACGACUGCAAAUUACUGGUCCGCACGUCUCAGUAAAGAGCCACUGGCUGGUGGUGUUUCCAACAUUGAGUAUGGUUGGUCCGAACAGAUUGUCAACCCGGCUCUGAUUGGACGUCCGGAACCAGUCAAUGCACCAUCCUCGUCCAUGACAACGAGAGGCCACACGCAUAGCAUAUCCGCAGACCGCGCGCACCGGCCCAGCGUGCAGUCUUCUCUUCGUUCCAGCUUCGACCAAGGCUUUAGCGGCAACAAGACCAGGAUGCCCGCAGACAAGGCGGUGAUUCAGGAGUGGCAGCCGCCUACUCAAUCGAUGAUGGCAAGCCAGCUCAUGGAGGUAGAUCAACUCAAGCAGCUCACCGCUUAUGUGGAGAGCUCCGAAGAAGAACUGGAGAAGCACAACGAGCUCAAGCACGCUAUCGAACUUGCAUAUUCGUCUCGGCACCCCAAUUUUAAUAAGACUAUGGCCAACUGGCAGCGCAAGUCGGAUUAUCUGCUGCGCGAGAUUGUCAAAUUCCGCACAUACAUGGACAGUUUGUCCGCGGCGCAAAAAGCAAAAGAAGCCUUCUACGCGAAGAAAGCAGAAGGUCGGCAAUCUCCUGUGAACGGGGACGAUGAUGUGAAUGAGCUUCCCCGAAUUGAUGAUAUGAUGGGUACGAUAAUUCCAAGAGGGUUGCACACUUCAGGUUAGAAGCGCUGGAGAUGGUCGGACGCUCUGAUUGGAAGUCAGCCCAUUCUGGAGCGAGCAGGCCUCGACAGGCGGAGGUCGCUCGGAAGCAUAUUCUUGUACGAGUAGGUCGGAGAGCUUCUCGGUGGUGAUGGUGUCCCGUGGGGGACACAUUGAUGUGUUUUGUACAUUAGCGUGGCGUCCGCGGUGGGAAAACACGAUGCAACGAUGGGGAGAGAUACCAGGUGUAACGUGUACACGGAAGGAUACAUGUAAUGAAGGGAGCGUGAAUCAGACAUCACUGUACCUUAGCCUUGUAGGUGGGCUUCUGAUCAAGUACAAUGGAUACCAUGAAUACC